AUCACGUCUCUCUUUCUCUCUCUCUCUCUCUCUCUCUCUCUCAGAUUCAGUUUUGGAUCUCGGUUCGCAAGGGCAGCGAACGAAUCUCGUUUAUUUGUGUGGAAAUACUUCGAUUUAAUUCGAUGAAUUCAUCCUGUGAGUUAUGUGCUUAUUCACCAUAUGCUGCAUCUAGUUGUACACAGCACACGCUUGGUGCUUUCUUGGCUAAUAUGGUAAGAUAGAAGCUUUUGAAGAAUGAGGAACUAAUGGCUGCUGCAGAAGCAAGGGCUGCUUGGCAGCGUACCGCAAACCGGUGCUUUGUUCAAGAAGAUGCAAAAAGAGCUCCAAAAUUAGCAUGCUGUCCAUCUUCAUCGUCGCCACUGCAAGCUGAUUCAAGCAAUGGCAAUGAUGCCAAUGGUACUGAUCAUACUGCUUCGAGUUUUGUGCCAUUGAAUUGGAACCCCAUGAAUUCCAAUUUACCACCAGACACAAAAUGGUGGCUUCAGUUGCAACCUCACUUUGGGUAUCAUAAGGACAUUACACGUGAACAACUAAAAGCUUUAGAAGAUGAGCUUGAAGCAGAGGGUGAAAAUGCUGUCCCAAUUUCUGAACUUGAUGAGGAGACAUUGCAAGACAGAUCUAUGGAUGUUGACCUGAAAAAAACAGAUUGCUCUUUGGACUCUCCAUGGAGUAUGAUUUCUACAGCAUAUAUGAAGGGUGAUAAUGACAGCAAGGUUGAAGAGAUAAAGGCAUUCGAUGUUAAAUUACAACAGCCGCUUAAACGUAAAGCUGAGAUGGAAGAAUAUUUUCUGCAGGAUGAGGAAUUUAUGGACUGGAAAUCAGUUGAUCAUAUAAUUUCAAAAGCAAAAAAUUGCUCAGACAUGCGAGCACCAUGGACUGAUGGCAAAUCUGAGCCAUGGUGGCGCAUUACUGACAAGGAUGAGCUGGCUUUGUUGGUUGCUAAGAAAUCGUCACAGCCUAUUGAGAACUGUGAUCUACCCAGCCCAACCCUAACAGUGCCAAUUGGCACAGACCCGUUUGCUUGUCUUGAGAGUUUGGAUGGCCAGCAGAUUUUCUCAUCAUCACUUGGUCGGAAGUCACAUGUUGGAAUUUACAAUGCUGUUGAGCUCACGCAACAUCAGUCUGCCUCCAGAAAAAUGGAUGAAAAACAUUGGCCUCCUCCUGAUGCAGGGCGCUUGGCUUAUAACACUGAGAAACACUCCAGUGGUUCACAAACGUAUAACACCACAAAGAAGGAUCCACCAGAGAAUAAUCCAAAUUUUGGCAGCAACUCAAGCAGAGCUGAGCUCUUGGAAGCUCUCCGACACUCCCAAACACGAGCAAGAGAAGCCGAAAUCGCAGCAAAGAAAGCUUAUGAAGAAAAGGAACACAUUCUCAAGCUUUUGUUCCGACAAGCAUCCCAUCUAUUCGCAUACAAGCAAUGGUUAAACAUCUUACAAUUGGAGAGCUUGUGCCUUCAGCUCAAGAUCAAAGACCAUCAGAUCUCAAAUAUAUUCCCUAUUCUUCCCUGGAUGCCUCUUAAAGGAAGACCUUCGAGCAGAAACAAAAGCAACAAACCAGCGAAGGGAGCGGGGAAAAGGGCGAAGAAAUGUGGCAUUUGCAGGUAUGCGGUUGUCUUCGCCGUUGGUUUGGGAUUGGCCGGGGCUGGGCUGCUCCUUGGUUGGACACUUGGCUGGUUAUUUCCUAGUUUCUGAACUCCAACACAGUAGUAAAAAAAAAAAAAUAGUGGUUUGAGUUGUCACAAUUGAGGCUCUUGUUCAUGGUCUAUAAUGUGAUGGUUUAUAUUUUACAUGGGAGUUUUCUUUCAAUGUAAAUAAGAUUUUAUUGUAUAUAAGUUGCUGAGAUUUCUAGUGUUGUACAUUUGUAAUUAAAUUGUUCUUGUUUAGGGCUUAGUUGAGAUUGAAAAUAAACUCACAUUUGUGUGAAAAUGUUGGUUCUUGAAGGGUGAGCAGAGAAUUAUAAGUUU